AUGGACACGCAAUCUACCCCCGCAAGGAAUGUGGCCAGCAGGGACGCAAGCAUUGAAUACAUCAGCGACAACAUCUUUCAAUUGACACUCUCCCCAGAGAACAAAGCGGAAGUAUUUGAGCCUGGCCUUUCCAAGCUCGACCAAGGUCAAGAGGAGGCCAGCCUCGUCCUUCGAAAUUUGACCUCAUGGUGUCCAGAUGUCGCUGCUCAGUUUUCCCAACGCUCAACUACUACCAUCUUGAAGACACCAUUCCGUCUGGUCUUUCCUUCAGACGCUCGGUGGGCUUUCGACAAAGACCUGUAUCCACGACAGUAUUUCGCGAUCUCCUAUUGCUGGCAUCCAGGCGACUAUCCGAACCCGAAUUAUGAACCGCACGAUCGUUGGCCUUUCAGCAAGCCCUUUGUAGAUGCCAUUCUGGGUGAGAAAGAAAACCCUCGCAUAGGACUUUGGAUUGAUCAGCUCUGUAUUGACCAAGAAGACACUCUCGACAAGCAAAUGUCUGUUGCUGCCAUGGAUGUGAUUUAUCGAUCAUGCAUGCGUCUACUGGUUCUGUUAGAAGACGUGAAACUUACUGAGGCGGAGACCCACCUUGUGGAGAACUUUGAAAUCACCAAAAUACAGUGGCAUAAGUCAUGGUUACCUGAGCCGGAGGUCAGACCGCUCUAUUUGUCUUUCUACAAGAAGAUCAACACAGCGAGAUGGCGUUACAGGAAUCACAAUGCGACGUUCUUCAUGAAUGGACCCGGUGAUUCCAUAGUCAAGAUGAAGUGGGUAAAUCUCCAAGUCAUCAUGUCUACAGCGAUAGACUUGCCGUCUCACGAGAACAAUAUCACAUUAAACGCCUUCAAGGGCCGAGAAAUCUUCUCGGGCUUUGCUAAUCAAGGCGGACCUCCUACAGCGACCAUGAAAUCGAGUAUCAUGGCCUCUCAUAACAGCGUAGCUCGAAAAGGCUGUCAGAAUCUUGGAGACCGCAUCAGCAUCAUGAUAAACAUCAGUGGGCGUGCCCUCGCAUACUACGGCGAGGCAUUGAACAACAAAGACGAGGUACUUUAUUUCAGCGCACUUCUCGCCCUCGCGGCAGGAGAGACAUACCCACUCAGUAUGACGGACCCCACAUCGAUCAGACUCAUGGGCAAUAAGACGUGGCUUUCGCGAAGCCUCGGUACUGGCGAUACUAUAAUUCCAAAAUUUCCUCUAGGAAGUGUGCAGGGCAUCCGCCAGAUUUCGACCGAAGUCAUCAAAAUCGACAUGAUUUUUCUUCCAAGGCUCAUUACACCAACAGAUCACAGCUUCGAGCUGGACACUGUUGGCCAAGUUUUCCCUGGCACAAUACCAACUACAGAGCCGGCAAAACGGACAGCGAAUGCGACGAGCACAGACGAAGGUUCAUCGCCACUUGUAUCAGUAAUGGAAUUCAGUUUACUGCCAAUCUAUGGGAGCAGCUAA